UUAGAAACAUUUUGUGACACUAAAAUAUGGCCCUACAAAGGUGCUGUUUGUUACAUAUAAUUUUGUGCAUAUGUAUUGUAAUGAACCUAAUCAUGACGGUUUAUUGCGGACCUGAUACGGCGAAUAAAACCAAACAAGCUAAACCAAAAAGGCAACCAAACAAUUUGCGUCAAUCACCCACAUCAAAAAAUGUCAAUACAGGGGCAGCAAAAUGUGGUAAAGAGGCGUACAGAGAGAUGGACGGUAUGGUCGCCCAGUACUCCAGUAGUAAUGACAGAUUUCCCGAGAGUAUUAAAGAGCUACAAGCUAGAUGUUUGAAACGGAAGGAAGUGUUGCCAAAGAUGGAGGACCUGAAGAACCGAUGUAUGGAUGGUUUGGCGAAACGAGUGGUCGCUGUUGUUAUCUAUUCAAUGAAAAGGCAGCGAAAAAUAAUGUGUCGCAAAAAGCCUAACAAACGUAUGCUAGAGAUGGCCGGCGCCGGCAAAUGUAUUAACUCGUUCAGACCCGCCGCCCAGAACUGCGUGGAGGAGGCCAUGGAUCACGUGAUUGGCAUUAGAAACAGCACCGACAACAAAAUGAAAAUACCCUUUCUUUGCUGCACGUUUGUAAAAAUGAAGGCGUGUAUACUAGAGACGGGUCACCGAAGCAAACAGUGCAGUGAAGAGCAUUUGUCACUAUUGGUGCGGCAGUCGGAGCAGGUGUCCAACGGACCCAUGAAUAUGGCCUGCGGUGACUAUAACGAGGAAAGUGAUAAAUGUGACAAAAUUCAAGUACCAAGGAGAUUGGCCAACGAGACCUUGCCUAAAAGUUUUGUAAUGCCCAUGAUCGAUUUAAUGGAAAGUCUUGGCGCCGAGUAAUAUGAGCAUGGUGUUUAACCAGCACUAUAUUUUUAAAGAUUUAUUUUAAAUUGUGGCAUGCACACUUUUAUACGUAAUUAUGAUCAUAUGUUAUUCAAAAUCU